AGUGUCUCCCGUUGCUCUGUAUUUAUAAGGCGCCCCGGUGCGCAGAAAGGCACAAGCAUGCCUCGUCUCUAGAGGGGCAGAGCGCGUCGCUGCGACUUGGAGACGUUUUUUGGAUGAAAGAGCUGUGCAGCCGCUGCUGAGGACGAGACGCGGGAGCGCAGGAGUUUUAUCCCAAGUUCACUGCAGCAGGUCGUUGUGACAGCGACCUCGUUCUCAGGGAAACAUCCCUGGGAACACACAUAUACCCACACGCAAGCACACGCGCUCACAGUCACACACAGGCAACAUGCAGGAGUCAGAGCCUACAGUGUGCCAGCUGCAGCCCAACAUCAUCUCAGUGCGUCUUUUCAAGAGGAAGGUUGGUGGUUUGGGUUUUCUGGUGAAGCAGAGGGUGUCCAAGCCACCUGUCAUCGUGUCAGACCUCAUUCGCGGUGGUGCAGCCGAAGAGUGCGGCCUGGUGCAGGUGGGUGACAUCGUCUUGGCUGUCAACAACAAGCCCCUGGUGGACCUGUCCUAUGAACGGGCCCUGGAGACACUGAAGAACGUGUCGCCCGAGAGCCACGCUGUGCUCAUCCUCCGCGGGCCAGAGGGCUUCACCACCCACCUGGAGACCACCCUGUCUGGAGACGGCCGGCAGCGCACGGUGAGGGUCACACGCCCCGCCUUCCCACCUUCAAAGUCCUAUGAGCACUGCUCCCCUCUCAGUCCAUUCAGCCCCGGGCAGCAGCAGCAGGUCAACAAGGAGCCGCAGCUUAGGGCCAUAGAGAACCUGUCCUCUCCGUCCAUCACCCAGUCCCUCCUGCAGAGGGGAGGCGUGCAGGCCCAGGACCCCCUGCUGAUGAGGGACGGGGGCCGUGGAGCUCUCUUGUGCAAUGGGCUGGAGGAGAACAACGAGCUGCUGAAGGAGAUCGAACCAGUGCUGCGCCUCAUCAAAAACAGCAAAAAGGAGAUCAAUGGAGAAGGCCAGAGGAAUGCAGGGAGACGGGACGCUGAGAUUCAAGUGGCCUGGGACCUUGGCGUGGGAAAUGGCACGUCUCCCCAGCUGGCAUCAGAUAACGACAGAAUGCUGGAAAACAUGCCGGUGGUGUUCAACGCUGACAAGCCCCCAGAGCAGGGAAGGACCUCACCUACUAAGACAUUGCAGAAUGGCAGUCCCUCCAAAUGCCCUCGCUUCAUUAAGAUCAAGAACUGGGAGACUGGCACUGUCUACAGCGACACACUCCACCACAGCUCCAGCAAGAUGCCGAUCUGCACUGAAAAUGUGUGCAUUGGCUCUGUGAUGAUGCCCAACCUGCACGUUCACAAACCAGAUGAGGUCAGACCCAAAGAGGAGCUUCUUCCACUGGCCACAGACUUCAUAGACCAGUACUACACCUCCAUCAAAAGGUAUGGAUCUAAGGCCCAUGUGGACAGGCUGGAGGAGGUGACCAAGGAAAUUGAAGCUUCAGGAACGUACCAACUGAAGGACACUGAACUGAUUUAUGGAGCCAAGCAUGCCUGGAGGAAUGCCGCCCGAUGUGUUGGAAGGAUCCAGUGGUCCAAACUGCAGGUUUUUGAUGCUAGAGACUGCACAACAGCCCAUGGAAUGUACAACUACAUCUGUAACCACAUCAAGUACGCCACCAACAAAGGCAACCUGAGGUCGGCCAUCACCAUAUUUCCUCAGAGGACAGAUGGCAAACAUGACUUUCGAGUGUGGAACACACAGCUGAUUCGUUAUGCAGGCUACAAACAGCCUGAUGGGCAGAUCAUAGGAGAUCCUGCUAAUGUUGAAUUUACUGAGAUAUGCAUGCAGCUGGGAUGGAAAGCUCCAAAGGGUCGUUUCGAUGUCCUGCCCCUCCUGCUGCAGGCCAAUGGAAAUGACCCUGAGCUGUUUGAGAUCCCAGAGGACCUCAUCCUGGAGGUGCCGAUCACACACCCAAAGUAUGAGUGGUUCAAAGACCUGGACCUGAAGUGGUACGGCCUCCCGGCGGUUUCUAACAUGCUGCUGGAGGUCGGUGGCCUGGAGUUCACUGGCUGUCCCUUCAGCGGCUGGUACAUGGGCACAGAGAUUGGCGUGAGGGAUUUCUGUGACAGCUCGCGCUACAACAUUCUGGAGGAGGUUGCUAACAAGAUGGCCUUAGACACCAGGAAGACUUCCUCCCUUUGGAAAGACCAGGCACUGGUGGAGAUCAACAUUGCUGUUCUCUACAGCUUCCAGUCAUGCAAAGUGACCAUAGUGGACCAUCACUCAGCUACUGAGUCUUUCAUGAAGCACAUGGAGAAUGAGUAUCGGGUGCGAGGUGGCUGUCCUGGAGACUGGGUGUGGAUUGUGCCUCCCAUGUCAGGAAGUAUCACACCAGUUUUCCACCAAGAAAUGCUCAACUACCGCCUCACCCCCUCCUUUGAGUACCAGCCUGAUCCUUGGAACACCCACGUGUGGAAAGGAGUCAAUGGGACACCCACAAAGAAAAGAGCCAUCGGAUUCAAAAAGCUUGCCAAGGCUGUGAAGUUUUCGGCCAAGCUCAUGGGCCAGGCCAUGGCCAAGAGGGUGAAAGCCACCAUACUGUUUGCCACAGAGACGGGCAAAUCGCAGGAUUAUGCCAAAACUCUCUGUGAAAUCUUCAAGCACGCAUUUGACGCAAAGGUCAUGUCAAUGGAUGAAUAUGAUGUGGUGGACCUGGAGCAUGAAACACUGGUGUUAGUAGUGACCAGCACAUUUGGCAACGGUGAUCCACCUGAAAAUGGAGAGAAAUUUGGAGCUGCCUUAAUGGAGAUGCGCCACCCAACAUCCAACACAGAAGACAGAAAGAGCUACAAGGUCCGUUUCAAUAGCGUGUCCUCCUACUCUGACACUCGCAAGUCAUCCAGUGAUGAGCCUGAAACCAGAAUCAACUUUGAGAGCACCGGACCUCUGGCUAAUGUCAGGUUCUCAGUGUUUGGCCUUGGCUCCAGGGCCUACCCACACUUCUGCGCCUUUGCCCACGCUGUGGACACGCUGUUUGAAGAGCUGGGGGGGGAGCGCAUCCUACGCAUGGGAGAAGGAGAUGAGCUGUGUGGCCAGGAGGAGUCAUUCAGGACCUGGGCCAAGAAGGUUUUUAAGGCUGCCUGUGAUGUGUUCUGUGUCGGUGAUGAUGUGAACAUCGAGAAGGCCAACGACUCCUUGAUUAGCAACGACCGCAGCUGGAAGAAGAGCAAGUUCCGCCUGACAUACACAGCAGAGGCCCCGGCCCUCACUGAAGCAUUGUACAGUAUUCACAAGAAGAAGGUUUAUGGAGCAAAGAUGCUGGAAUCUCAAAACCUGCAAAGUCCCAAAUCCAAUCGCUCCACCAUAUUUGUGCGGCUCCACACAAACAACCAUGACAGCCUGAGCUACCAGCCCGGCGACCAUCUGGGCAUCUUCCCUGGCAACCACGAGGACCUGGUUACAGCUCUCAUAGACAAACUGGAGGAUGCUCCACCUGUCAAUCAAAUUGUCAAAGUGGAGUUCCUGGAGGAGAGGAACACUGCCCUCGGUGUAAUCAGUAACUGGACAAAUGAGACUCGUAUCCCUCCCUGCACCAUCUACCAGGCCUUCCAGUACUUCCUGGACAUCACCACUCCACCAAGCCCUGUGCUGCUGCAGCAGUUUGCUGCUCUGGCAACCAAUGACAAACAGAAAAAGAAACUAGAAAUCCUCAGUAAGGGCUUGCAGGAGUAUGAGGAGUGGAAGUGGUACAACAAUCCAACACUGGUGGAGGUCCUGGAGGAGUUUCCCUCCAUCCAGUUGCCCUCCACUCUGCUGCUCACCCAGCUGCCCCUGCUGCAGCCUCGCUACUACUCCAUCAGCUCAUCUCCAAAGCUGCACCCAGGAGAGAUCCACCUCACCGUUGCUGUGGUCUCUUACCGGGCCAGAGAUGGAGAGGGACCUAUCCACCAUGGAGUGUGUUCAUCAUGGCUCAACAGGAUAGAGAAGGGGGAGAUGGUGCCGUGUUUUGUCCGAGGUGCACCAUCAUUCCAACUUCCCAAAGACAACCAAGCACCUUGUAUCCUGGUGGGUCCAGGAACAGGUAUCGCCCCGUUCAGAAGCUUCUGGCAACAGAGACUAUAUGACCUUGAACACAAAGGGAUUGAAUCGUGCCCCAUGAUCCUGGUGUUUGGUUGUCGGCAGUCUGAGAUGGACCACAUCUACAAGGAGGAGACCAUCCAGGCCAAGAACAAACAGGUGUUCAAGGAGCUCUAUACGGCCUAUUCCAGAGAACCCGGCAAACCAAAGAAAUAUGUACAGGAUGUACUGCGCGAGCAGCUGUCAGAGACGGUGUACCAGUGCCUGAGGGAGGAGGGAGGACACAUCUACGUUUGUGGGGAUGUUACGAUGGCCGGAGAUGUUCUCAAGACUGUCCAGCAAAUCAUCAAGCAGCAGGGCAGCAUGAGCCUGGAGGAUGCUGGCUUUUUUAUCAGCAAGCUUCGGGAUGAGAAUCGUUACCAUGAGGACAUCUUUGGUGUCACCCUGCGCACCUACGAGGUCACCAACCGGCUUCGUUCAGAGUCCAUCGCCUAUAUUGAGGAGAGCAAAAAGGACUCAGAUGAGGUUUUCUGCUCUUAAAUCUAUCAAUCGGGGGCUUUCCGACAACAACCAGUAUGGAGGACACAGCAACGCUGGUUAAAGAAUACUGUGCCAAUUUUUCUACUGUAUAAAAAUGGGUUUCUUUCUUUUUUUAUACCACUUUAAUGUUUCUGUUGGGCUCUGCGAUUUUGUCUGUAGCAAGUUGGAAAUGUUCUGUUCUCCGAGAAUCUGUUUUGCUUGUUGAUGAUACUUCCAAAAAUUAUAAAUUGAUCAUUUUGAUUCAUAAUGUGUGCACCUAGUGUAAUGACCUGCCUCAUUGUGAAUGCAUGACCAAGACAAGAAUAUACUCAACAAAUAUAAUAUACUCUGUGUUAUUGUUACAGUUAAAAGGCUUUUAUUGAGGUUUUAUAUUUGCAAGGAAAUGUGUGGCAUUGAUUAAAAACAGACAUUUCUGAAGUAUGAUUUACGUUGAUUUUACAUUAAUAGAAAGAAUCAGGGCUGAUCAAAUUGAUUUGGGCUGUUGGGUUGUUUUAUUCAUUUAAAUUUUUUCAUCAAAGGCUGUACUUUCAGACAGUUAGGAAGAUGUUCAGGCAUGCAGAUGGAUUGGCUUAUUGACAGGUCACCCUGAAUUAUGAAAACAGCGAUUCUGUCACAGCCUCAACAAACAUAUUAUCUAGCUCUUCACUGGCAGUCCAUCAGAAUGCAUCAGCCUCUGUGCCAGCUCUCUUCUUAGUGGCCUGUCCAUUCUCUCAUAACUUCACAAUCUCAUGUGUCCCAGCUGGUACUUGCCCACCCACAGCAGCUUCACAGGAAUGUGGAGCGCAGACACUAAAGAAGAAAUCUGAACCUGUGUCACUACAUGUUAAAAUAAUCUCUGCAGGGCUCUCUGGUUUUAUUGAUUUAUAGAUGAUUAAUCAGUAUAUUAUACUCACAGUUUGGAAACUAUGCUAAUUAUCUUUCUUGCUGAGUGUGCAAGUGGCUACGUUAGUGGAGGUCUGUUGUUUCAUGUACCGCUGAGGAUGUGCACAGUAACAGCUGAGUGAUUCUUAAAGUUUAUCAAACACCAAAACACUGCACAGUUUCACCCCCAGGUAAAAUACAGUUUGUAAUUUUUAGUUUUUUGUGCAGAUUAAACAAACAAGAUAUCAAAUGUUUAUUACUGAGUUUUAGAUGUGCUGGUAAGAAGUGUUUUUUUUAACCUUUGGAAUUAGCUAGCUGUUUUCCGUUCCCAGUCCUCAUGCUAAGCUAAGCUUGCCAGCUGCAGGAUGCAUCGUCACAUUUUACUAAACAUGACGGUGGUAUUCACUUCUCAUCUUAGUCUCAGCAAAAUAGCAUAUGAUUUUUUUUGUCAAACUAUUCCUUUACAGAAGAAGUCUUUCUGUAACCAAACAUUGAUAAGGGAAGCAAAUAGAUCUGUUUUAGCACCCUGGUGUGGCCCAGAUCAUAUCUUGCAGCUGUCAGCUUUGCCCAAUGGUCAGCUAUUGAGCUUUUAAAAUUUGCAUUUGUCAGCAUCAUAACUCCUCUGCCUCUUGCCUUACAUUAACUCUUCGCCUCAGCCUACGUUCACUCUCUCUUUUGUCUCUGCAUGAUUCUCUGUAAGCCUAUGGCUCACAUGCCACUUUUUCACUGUGACCUGACACCUGCUCAGUAGCAUCAGCAUGCAUGUGUGUGUGUGUGUGUAUGUGUGUACAUGUGUACGGGCGCGUGUGUCAUAUCAAUCAUUAUAAGUGUGCGCAUUUCUAUACGAGUGGGUGUAAACAUGCAUGUGCUCAGGUGUAUGUUUUUACAUGAUUAUUCUGCUUGUCAUCUGUUACCUUAUCAAACUGGUCAGAUAAGCAUGAAUUUGUCGCUCUGUAAGUUGUACAAGCCUGUAAAUGUAACCUUACAGAUGGUGUUAUGGUAACAGGAAACUGCCCUCAUGGCUUUUUGUUUUGAUCUCAGCAGUUCAGUCCCAUUGUUCUAAGUUCCAGUGAAGUUUUUCAUUCAAAGACAAGAGGCAAUGGCACUGCGGCUGUGGUCAUUUGCUGCUUUCCAAUGAGUCAGGGUUGUAAUUUGCAUAUAUUUGUGCAGGGGGAUACGUUGUUUAUUGGUCACCCACUCUGCCGUAACCUGUGGCUUUUUCUUGUCAGCUUCUGAGUCUUGUUUGUUCCCUUUCUUUGUCUUUGAUUCAAAUUAAAGAUAGCUGUCAGCAUGAUUAACGGAUUUCAGUGUGAUUUUCAGACAUCCUGAACAGCUGCUGAGAAUAUGUUUGUUUCUUUGGGUAUCAUUUGUUUGUUUUUUUUGUUUCAACUAUUUUUACCACCGGGAGAAAAUGGGCAAUUCCCAUUGUCCCCACUGUUGUUCAUUCUGGAUGAAUGUCUCCUCUGUAUAAUUUGUUUUAAACAGAUUUAGUUUAAUUGGAAUGAGAGCUGUCAAGAAAAUGUCUGUGAUGUAAAAUGUGCAACAGGAAAACAAUUGAUACAAGAUAUAGCUUCUAUAUAUAGCUUCUAUAUAUAUAUAUAUUCAAAGACAAAGUAUAAAAUAUAAAGAGUACCACUUCAAUCUUUUCUAAGAAUGUAUUUUGAUUAUGUAAAUGAGCACUAUGAUUCUGCUUGAUUUAAAAAGAACAAAAAAAGGCCUAUUCUAUAUGGUGUCUCUCAUAUCCUUUAGGUAUGGGGAUAAAACAGCAGCAUUAAAUAAAUGCAUGGUGAUCUGUCUCCUGUUCAUAUUUAAAAAGCUCUGUCUAUUUACCAGCACUGUGUCAGUCAGUGAGACUGUAUUGUGAGCUCCAGCCUUUCUCACAGGGCUUGGAUGCUAAAAACUUUCUUGAGGGGUUUCUUUUUCUGUGUUUGCAUAUUGCUGCUGCUAUGAACAACUCUGAUCCAAUCAGCCUCUGCUAUAAUGACCUUUGUUGUGUAAUUGAUUGAGGAUAUUCCAUUUUAAUGCAUCAACUGCAAGGACUUUGCAUUUACUUACAAAUAAAGAGAAACAUUUACAGAA